CGUGUUGCUGGUGGGAAUGCUGUCGACGAACUAUCUGUCCAAAGCCCCGCCCGUGGGCAGCGACUCGGCCGAGCAAGCGGCGGUUAGAGUUUGACCACCCACACGGCAGGUAGCUCAGAUGGCCGGCGGCGGCUCGUCGGACGCGGAGGCGGAGCUCCUGCGGGGCUUCAACACCCUGGCCGUGUCCCGCCCGGACCCCGUGGCAGCGGUGUACGAGGUGCGCCUCAACCGCCCGGCGCAGCGCAACGCGCUCAGCCCGGAGGCCUUCGCGGAGAUCCCGCGCGCCAUGUCCCUCCUGGACCGCCUCCCCGCGGCGCGCGCCGUCGUGCUCUCCGCGGCCGGCCCCCACUUCUGCGGGGGCAUCGAGCUCGGCGCGCCCGGGAGCCCGCUCGCCGCGCCCCCCGGCACCGACCCCGCCGCCGCCGCCGAGGGGCUCCGCCGCGCGAUCCUCGACUUGCAGGCCGCGUUCACCGCCGUCGAGCUGUGCCGGAAGCCCGUCGUCGCGGCCGUGCACGGCGCCUGCGUGGGCGCCGGCGUCGAGCUCGUCGCCGCCUGCGACAUCCGGUACUGCUCCAAGGACGCGACGUUUGUCCUCAAGGAGGUGGAUAUGGCCAUCGUCGCCGACCUCGGCGCGCUGCAGCGCCUGCCGAGAAUCGUCGGCUACGGCAACGCUGCCGAACUCGCGCUCACGGGACGCAGGAUCACCGCGCUGGAGGCCAAGGAGAUGGGGCUCGUCAGCAGGGUCUUCGAUUCCAAGCAGGAGCUGGAUGCCGGCGUUGCAAAGAUUGCCAAAGAAAUAUCAGAGAAGUCAGCUUUGACAGUGAUGGGAACGAAGGCCGUUCUGCUGAGAAGCAGGGAUAUAACAGUAGAGCAGGGGCUGGAGCAUGUAGCGACGUGGAAUGCGGGAAUGCUGAAAUCUAAUGACCUGAUGGAGGCCAUCAAAGCUUUUGUGGAGAAGCGGAAGCCCGUAUUCUCUAAGCUCUGAAUGACCAAAUGAACCAUACUUCGCAGCCAAAAAUUACUUGUGAAUCUUAGCCACUUGACACUAAAGUGAGAUUGAUGGUAGAAAGUAGACAAGAAACACAAUCUCUGAAUUUGCAAAACAAUUGCUCUUAUUGGUUGUAUGUUGUACAUCAUAAAUAAAGUGGGAAUUUUCC